AGAUAAUCUCUUGGGAAUUUCCUGGGUUGACAGCUCCUGGAUUCCAAUAUUAAACAAUGGGAGUGUGUUGGACUAUUUCUCAGAGCGAAGUAACCCAUUCUAUGACCGAACAUGUAACAAUGAAGUCGUCAAAAUGCAGCGGAUGACCUUGGACCAUUUGAACCAGAUGGUUGGGGUGGAGUACAUCCUUCUUCAUGCUCAAGAGCCCAUUCUCUUCAUUAUCCGGAAGCAGCAAAGGCAAUCUCCAACACAAGUUAUUCCAUUGGCCGACUACUAUAUUAUUGCUGGAGUGAUUUAUCAGGCACCUGACUUAGGGUCUGUCAUUAACUCCAGAGUUCUGACUGCAGUGCAUGGAAUUCAGUCUGCUUUUGAAGAAGCUAUGUCCUACUGUCGCUAUCACCCAUCCAAGGGCUACUGGUGGCAUUUCAAAGAUCAAGAAGAACGAGAGAAAGCUAAACCAAAAGCCAAGAAGAAAGAAGAACCAAGUUCUAUUUUCCAAAGGCAACGGGUAGAUGCUUUGCUUUUAGACCUAAGACAAAAGUUUCCACCCAGAUUUGUUCAGCAAAAGCCUGGAGAAAAGCCUAUCCCAGUGGAUCAAAUCAAGAAGGAACCAGAACCAGCCCCUGAAACUGUCAAGCCAGAGGAAAAAGAGACUGUAAAGAAUGCUCAGCAGAGUUCUGGUGCUAAAGGACCACCUGAAAAACGGAUGAGACUCCAGUGAAGGGAGUUUUGUUACACAUCUGGAUUAGUCAUCACCUGGAAAACAGGAGAUUCUUGCUCCCCUUUCUUUAUAUUUAAGCUCUUCAACUGAGACUGACGAUUCGGGGACUGAAGUCCCUGUAACAGCUUUUUCUGUAGAAACCUGUCACACGAAUGUUAAUGUCAGGAUGUGAGCUGCCUCGAAGAAGGUAUUUUCAGUCUUCAUCUUAUUUUGAAUGUUGGCUUCUGAGAAUGGUUUUUACAUGGACAUAUUUUGCAGCCUCCUGAAAUCUUUACAAACUCUUGCAUCCCUUGUGUCCUUGUUUCCUAUGUAAAAAGAAAAACUUUGAUAUAUUAAAAAAAAAAAAGUCCAAAUUCUUGGCAAAUAAAACUCCUGGCUGCUGGAA